GCAGGAGAGCCGGAAUUUAAAUAUGUUGGGAAUAUGCAUGGGAAUGAGGCUGUCGGAAGGGAGUUGCUCAUCUUCUUGGCUCAGUACUUGUGUAAUGAAUACCAGAAAGGAAAUGAAACUAUUAUCAACUUGAUCCAUAGCACACGUAUUCAUAUCAUGCCAUCUUUGAACCCAGAUGGCUUUGAGAAGGCAGCAUCCCAGCCCGGUGAACUUAAAGACUGGUUUGUUGGUCGAAGUAAUGCCCAAGGGAUAGAUCUAAACCGGAAUUUCCCUGAUCUUGAUAGAAUAGUGUAUGUUAAUGAGAAGGAAGGUGGCCCAAACAACCAUCUGCUGAAAAACAUGAAAAAAGCCGUGGACCAGAAUCCUAAGCUUGCUCCUGAAACAAAAGGUGUCAUUCACUGGAUUAUGGAUAUUCCCUUUGUGCUCUCUGCCAAUCUCCAUGGAGGAGAUCUCGUUGCAAACUAUCCUUAUGAUGAGACUCGGAGUGGCAGUGCUCAUGAAUACAGCUCCUGCCCCGAUGAUGCUAUUUUUCAAAGCCUGGCUCGCAGUUACUCUUCUUUUAAUCCUGCUAUGUCUGAUCCAAACAGACCACCGUGUCGCAAAAAUGACGAUGACAGCAGCUUUGUGGAUGGAACAACUAAUGGCGGUGCAUGGUAUAGCGUCCCAGGAG